UCUAGCUAGCUGAUCUGGCCAGCAGACCUUGACUCGACUCAAGGCUUGAAGUCAUGCUCACAGUACUAUGAAGAAUAAAUCCUUGAUCGUACUGCUGAUGUGUGAAAUUUGAUCCUUGAAACUGCCGAUAACUUAAUCAGGAGUCAUCAGCGAUCGUCGAGUUAAAAAAAGUGAAUGGUGAUGAUAUUUCCGCACUGACGUCUGUCCUCCAAGUUCCGGAUCAAGCAUUCAGCAAGCAAGCGCGAGUAUGGCGGGCGUGGGCCGGUCGUGCAAGGGUGACAUUUAGCAGCGUGAUUCGGCUGGGCAGUUCAGGCCUAACGUCACUGCCAGACAUUUUCAAUGGCAACCAGCUCGUUAAAUGGAUCCUCGUCUGACUCUGAACUUCAGAUAGACACUGAAAAUGUUCAAUUCAGAUAGCGUCCAGUAACUGGACAUGUUUUCAGCAUCAACUUUUCAACAUCAAGUUCACUAACCUGAAAGUGCAACACUAAUUUGACCCCAAAGACAUUCGCAAGAUUGUCGUCAAACCAAGCAAGUGGCAUGGUACGUGUAGUCCCCCGUCUCCAGGUACUUUGAUAACAGUGCAUGCUGAUGUGAGCCCUUGACUAACAAUAACCGCGAUGCUUUUUACGGUGUGCUACGCUUAUCUGACGUUCUCCACGGCUUGGCGUGACUACAGGCAGAAGGCCAAGGUGAUGAACGCACUGCGUUGCCAUGGCAGCAAGGCCAGCAUCGCAUUUCGCAAGAUCCUCCAGGAGGGCGUGGUCAGCGAGGGAGACAAGACGAGGGCGUCGUUUCUUUGCGAGAUUGGAGAACAGCCUGUCAUCUCUCAGCUUCUCGGCGAGAAGAGAGGCAAACAGAUGCUUGUGGUUCAUCCGAAGCAACGUGUCGACCUGUCCAAAGACUGGACGUCCUUCAUCGGAACCUCAACCCCAAGCCUGUCGCCCUACAAGGAUCCAGACCAGGCCGCCUCCUCUUCCUCAAAUCCGGACUCCGUCUUUGUUCUCCUGGAGGCCUCCCCGCCCAAGACGGAUCGGCAGGGUCGCCUGAAUCUGCGCAAGGUGGCCCGGGAGCGAGUCGUGAAGCUCUCCGGGCUGACCACUCCACUGGCGUGGAAAUCAGGCGAGCCGUUUGGCAUUCUGGUCCAGGCCUCUGCCAACAACUUUGGGCUGGUGGGCUCUGCCUAUCUGGAAGGGGUGCUGGAGCUUGACGACGGCCUGCUGGUAGAGCAGAUAGUCUGUGUUGAUACAAUUGGGGAGCCGUUCAACCUCGUCAAUCAAGACCCCAAGACUCCUUCGCCUUCCCCCUUCCCACCCGGUUCCCCCUUCCACCGUUCUCCCUCCGGAAACAGCCUCCUCCAAAGAUCAGGUUCGUCCAAAAAGGAGGUAAAACCGCUGCGCCGGAAACACUCUCAGGAAUUCCUCAAGAAAUUGGAGGAGCAGCAUCAGAGAAUUUCCCGCAAAUCCUCGUCGGAGUCGAGCGACCUGGGUGGCAUCUCGGUCGAAAUGGCCGGUCAGGGACUAGAUGAUGAAGUACUGGUGGACAUUGAAGGGAGUCCGAAAUUUCAUCUAGGAGGAGCCACAAUCGACGUUGGAGGCACAUCCUCGGGAGAUGCCAGCAAUGUCUCAAGGAAGCCUCCCAAUCUUCUUGUGUAUACGGGAAGUGACGACACGGACAAAUCCAGAUACAAGUCCUCGGUGGCUUUUCUGGAGAAAUUCCUGCACCGGGAUCGCUAUGUCAUCUACCAUUUGGAGCAAGAACAAGCUUUGAAACAUCCGUGGGCCGAAAACUGCAAGCUUCUUCUCCUAAUGACGGGCAAAGAACCCAUUCCCGAGAACACACUGAAGAAGUUUACCGAUUACGUUAAGAGUGGCGGAUUUCUUUUCGUACUUGAUGGCCAAAGUGCCAACUCUGAAACACCUGCGAGCGUGAGCGCUAUUAAGUACUCGGAAAUGCUCGGAGGGGAGAUGCUGUCCUUUCAAGGCCUUUGUUCUGAGGAUCCCCUAAAGAGGGACUUGUUUCCUGGGGGACAAAUGAAGGUGCUGGCAGAGAGUCAAGGAAACGCUGUCAUUACCGAAACUUCCUUCAAAGGUAGCGCAGGAAAAAUCAUAUCUUCUCAAGUCCAGCUUCAACUCAUCUCCCCAGAGAGUCUGGUUCCGGACACCGAAGCCUUUACUGAACUUAAACAGUCCAAUGAGGUCCGACACCAGGUCAUCUUUGACCUUCUGGGCCGGCUGGGGUUAAAGUGCGCGACCUCCGAGCUACCAGAUCUGACUGCCGGCUACCUGCUUGGUGUUAAUGAGCAAGUGGCAAGUGCCUUCUUGACGUCCAUCCAGCCAAACCUUAAAGACAGUCAGCUGGCAAGUCGCUAUCUCACUAUGCAGUUUAACAGCGACCCGGACAAGGUCGGCCAAGCGACCCCCGACCUUCUGCCGGUCAUCACGGGUCAAAGUUCACCGCGGGGCGGAGCAUUCGACUUCGAAGUUUACAAGAAACAUUUGACUAGCAAGAGACUUGGGAAUGUUGUGCUGUACACGGAGGUCGUUCCAACAACUAUGGUUCUAUUUGAAAGUUUGAUGUUCAAGGUUCCAGGGGACGUCGGUGUUGUUGCUAUAGCAACCCGCAUGACAGCAGGAAAAGGACGUGGUGGCAACAAGUGGCUAGGACCCAUAGGCUGUGCCAUGUUCUCCUUGCACGUGCGGAUUCCCUUCGGUUCAGAGCUUGCCGACAAGCUCCCGUUCUUACAGCACAUUGCUUCGGCUGCCGUUGUUGAGGCUGUCAGAUCCAUAAAUGGCUAUCAGGACAUAGAUCUGCGACUGAAGUGGCCCAACGACAUCUACUACGGUGACAAGAUGAAGCUAGGUGGAGUCAUUGUCAAUUCAAGUGCAUUGGACAAUGUGUUCCAUGCAAUUAUUGGCUGUGGUUUCAAUGUUGACAACAGCGACCCAACGAUUUGCAUCAACGACCUAAUCCGGCUUCACAACAAGCAGACCAAUGCAAACCUGGCGUUGUUGACCAUAGAAGAGCUCAUCGCGAGGACCAUCAGCCAAAUUGAAAGCAUCAUCCAGGUUUUCCAGAACAAAGGAGCAGAGCCAUUUCUGGAGAUGUACUAUAGGAGAUGGUUGCACAGUGGCUGUAAGGUGCGUCUCGAGAACGAGUCCGGGCCUGAAGUAACAGUGGAAGGCUUAGACAGGUCUGGUUUCCUCUCGGUGAGAGACCAACAGGGGGCGCUUCGCAGCGUCCAACCCGACGGCAACACCUUUGACAUGACCAAGAACCUGGUGCUGAUGAAGGAGAGACGGGAGUGAGCCCCCUCUUGGCCAGAUAUAGCCAGCUUAGAGACCAAGAUCAAAUUAAUUUGAAUUGGAGAGCUGUACAUCAAAGUCUAAUGUAAAUAUUAGAUAAUUGGAUUUUUUUAAACCAAAGACGCUGAGAACAGUAAUCGCACAUUUUUUUUAUAAUCUGGCUUCCUUAGUUCUUUGAUUUUUCAGUAUUCAUUUGUUUGUCAGGAAACCAUGAAUAAACCUACUUUCUAAAGAUAUAAUCAUUGUGCAGGUUUUUACCCCCACCUUAACCCUUAGUCCUUGUAUCGUCCCAAACCAUCCCAGCACUGUAUGAUUUUAUAUUAAUCAGGAAAUAAGUACAUUGUUAUACAAUGUAUACAAUGUAUACAAUGUAUUACAGGUGCGAACGGGUUAAAUAUAAACUAAUUGACACAGUACAUUUAUGUAACAAACACAAUAAUUGCCUUGUAAAAUGCAGCUUCUAAUUACAAUAAAAGUAUAGCCUAAAAUGUAGCAUAAAUAACAAUAAUUAUAAGUACUAAACAUGAGGAAGUGAGGGCAUGCAAUUUAUGUAUAUUAUGUAAUAUACAAAUAAUGAAUGUUUAUGAGUGCAACAUUUGGUAAAAAUAAUUUCUUGAGGUGACAGAUUCCACAAGGCAAAACCGAGUGGAAUGGAACGUUGCAUUCGCCUCGUGUAGUGGAACAUUCCAUCUGUCACCGAAUGAAAUUAUUCUUUCCAUUGCACGAAUGUGAAACAUUGACUAUUUGUUUUAUACAACACCUGAAUGAAUCCUCGUCAUCUGAUUGGUCAGAGCCACCAACAUGUGAUACCUGUGCCAUGGAACUUCUAUUUAUUGUGGAAUGGAACUCCUGUUUUUGCGGUGCAGCUGCGUCGUGCGUUCGGACGAAUAAUUCAAGGGCAUAUGAUCAACCACUGACCAAUCAGAUGGCGGGGAUGUAUUCAGGCGUUUACAUUAGAAUAUUAUUAACAAUGUUUUGACCAAGCCACAUUAGUGCUGCCAUGUGUCUACUGCCAGUUUCUUCCAUCUUUCCAACCACAAAGUAUCUUCCAUUUGCCUCCGUUUUUGGUUGAGUUUUCAGAAAUCUAGCUUUUACAGAAACAAAACCUGAAUUCAGGAUUUUUUUUCUUCGAAAUGUAAAUCACAUAUUUGCUUCUAUAUCAGCGUCCCGAUUUUGCUUUUUAAAACUCUAUAUCCCCUUACAAUCUGCCACUCUGCACCCCGGCUACACCACUAGCAUUCGGGUUCAUAUAGUUUGGACAGAGAAUACCGUAACGGGCGAGUGUUUGCCAAAAGUGUCUUCACAACAAGAAGAAGGCCCUCAUAACAGUUGCAGUUGGCCACUGCUCAGUCAACCGUAAAUGUAAUGACAUGACCAGGGUGUCAUUUUAAAGAGGAGAUUAAACCCUAAUAGAAGAUAUCUCCUUUUGAUUCACAUGUGCCCUACUUCUGUUCCAAUUAGCAAUAAUAUCUCGGUUUCGGUUUUUUUUUAUCCACCCUGUAUAGACGUCGUUGUCCAUAUGGGUCUGUAUGAUACAGGGUGACAAACCGCAUUUCGGGGCGGUUUCGGGCGCACAAGGACCGCAGUAGGGGGACAACUUGUCCUGGUAAAACAUCCAGCAACUCUGCCUCCUACGAACCGCCCAAGCCGGGUAAAACCGUCUAGUUGUAAAUAUUAAAGAAAGGUCACUUGAAACAAUUUAUAACAAAGGGUUGUCUCAUUGAUUUCAUACAGUAGAGGAGUGGGCAUUUGCACAGAUAUUUUGUUGUUGGAAGUUAUGUCUAGGUGUUUGUUUUUUGUUUGGUUUGGGGCCUUUUUUUGGUUGAACUUUUUUUUCAUUUUAUGACCACUUUAUAAGUAAUCACUGGAUAAGAUGUUUGUAGUUGUUUGCAGAUUCACUAUACACAAAUGUGUGCAGACAAUUUCCGCUUGUGAUUAUUACAUGAAUUACUUGCGAAACCUACUCGGUAAAUUAAAAAGGUAUAUAAACGAAAUGCAUGAAAAGUCAAUGUAUCCUGUAUAAAGCUUGUGAGCAGUGUGCCUCAAAGAAUCGAAUACCAGUUCACUUUAUCCACAAUUAAAAACAAAACACGUUCUUUUCUUUUCAGAGACUUUAGCUCCUAAUGUAACUUUUAUCCGGUAAAUUUGAAUGGAAAAAUGUAAAAGGAAUUGUAAGUUUAUGGAAUGUUACUUAGGAAAGAAUAUAUAUUUCGAGGUGAAUUUUUGCGAGUGUUGUGCUGAUGUUUUUUUUUUUUAAUUUAAUCCAGAACCGAAAGUUGGACACAUUAUAGUAAUAUCAAAUAAAACACAGUUGCUGGUAGAUUUGAGUUGAUUUCUUCAUUAUUGAA